AUGAAAAGCAAAAAGGCCCCCUCCUGGUGUGAGGAUGCGCUUCGUUAUGACGGGCACUCCCUAUAUGGCCUAUUGCACCAAUAUAAGGUGCAGCUGGACGCUGAACAAUAUGAAGCGGCUAUAGAGACACUGAAGAAGGCCAAGGAGGCUCAUGUCGACGAGUCCGAUUAUAUCAACACGCUGGUCAACGAGGCCGACGUCCUGCUGAGGCGGAGCAAGAUCAAGGACUAUUAUAAAGUUAUAGGUGUGGCACGUGAUGCCGAUGACAGACAGAUCAAAGCAGCCUACCGCAGGCUUUCUAAGCUUCACCACCCCGAUAAGGCAGCUAAGCAGGGCUUGACGAAAGAAGCCGCAGAGAAGAAAAUGGCCGAAAUUAACGAGGCUUACGAAGUCCUGAGUGACCCUGAGCUUCGUGCGCGUUUCGACCGAGGCGACGACCCGAAUUCUAAGGGGCAGCAGAACCCGUUCCAGGGCAGUCCCUUUGGUGGACAGCAGUUUAUGUUCCAACAGGGUGGUGGGCAGCAAUUUAAAUUCCAAUUCGGAUCUGGCGGCGGCGGCGGCGGGUUUCCGUUUGGGAAAUAA